CCGCCGGCUUCCUCCUCAGAUCGCUUUUUGCUGCAGCGAGCCGACCGAUCCCGCCAUGGCGACCCGCAGUCCCAGCGUCGUGAUUAGUGAUGAUGAACCAGGCUAUGACCUAGAUUUAUUUUGCAUACCUAAUCAUUAUGCUGAGGAUUUGGAAAAGGUGUUUAUUCCUCACGGACUGAUUAUGGACAGGACUGAAAGACUUGCUCGAGAUGUCAUGAAAGAGAUGGGAGGCCAUCACAUUGUGGCCCUGUGUGUGCUGAAGGGGGGCUAUAAAUUCUUUGCUGACCUGCUGGACUACAUUAAAGCACUGAAUAGAAAUAGUGAUAGAUCCAUUCCCAUGACUGUAGAUUUUAUCAGGCUGAAGAGCUACUGCAAUGAUCAGUCAACAGGGGACAUAAAAGUUAUUGGUGGGGAUGAUCUCUCAACUUUAACUGGGAAGAAUGUCUUGAUUGUUGAAGAUAUAAUUGACACCGGCAAAACAAUGCAAACUUUGCUUUCCUUGGUCAAGCGUUACAACCCCAAAAUGGUUAAGGUUGCAAGCUUGCUGGUGAAAAGGACCCCUCGAAGUGUUGGAUAUAGGCCAGACUUUGUUGGAUUUGAAAUUCCGGACAAGUUUGUUGUUGGAUAUGCCCUUGACUAUAAUGAAUACUUCAGGGAUUUGAAUCAUGUUUGUGUCAUAAGUGAAACUGGAAAAGCCAAAUACAAAGAGGAGAGUUGAAUCUGCAAAUGAGUCCCAUUGAUUUUGCCAGCAAAAUUAAGCAAGCAUUCUAGUUGUGCAGCCACCUGCAUCAUAGUAUAGCUUUAUGCAUGAACCUUUUAAGGAUUUUAUGGUUUUUUAUUUUUAGAAAUGUCAGCUGCUGCAUUCUUUUUAUUUGCACUAUGAGCCUAUAGGUCAACUAUAUAUUGUAGCUUACCACUAUUAAAAAUGCUGAGAUUGUAUUUGUAAGAAGCAUCUAAAGAGGAUAUAUAUUAGUUUUUUAAUUGGUAUUUUAAUUUUUAUAUAUUCAGGAAAGAUAUGAUUGAACAUUAAUUACAACACCAUAUAUUUAGAACAGUGAAGCACUCAGUUGUGUUAGUGACCAUCUAAGAAGUUCAGUGGAAUAAACAUGCUUCAGCAUGCCUGGCUGUAUUUCCCCACUUGGGAUUAUUUCAGUGAGUCAUUGUCAACAGUUCCUUUUAAAUGCAAAUAAAUAAAUUCUAAAAUUAA